UGGUGAGCAGCCAAGUCCACACCUACCUGAGAGGGACCCCAGCGUGAGUCCACCAUCUCGAGAUCCUCCGCGUAAGACAGCGUCCGUUAAGCGGAACGGUACGCCGCCUAGGAAGAAAGCUAGAAAGGAGAAACAACUGCCGCCUCCUGAGAAGUUACCUUGGGAAAAAACUCCAGAGGAAAACGCGGAGGCCGUUCAGGCCGAGGUGAAGAAAUUUUUUGCACCGAAAGUGCCAGAGAUACCUUUCGAGAAGACACUAGAUCGGGAGAAAGUUGUGCGUACCGUUGACAAUCUAUAUGACCCUGUACCAUCGCCGCCAUCUGACUAUGCGCGUUCUAUUGAAAGGUCGUAUGACAAGAUGAUCGAGGCGACAAAACCCGUUAAAUCGGGUAUCAGGGAGAUAAAAGGGAUACACAGUGUCUACCAGCUCGGACAACAACCCGUUCAAUCGGUCGCCCCUCUCAAGGUGUUUGACGGGAAGACCGUUCAAAGUUCUCGACAAGACGCAACUGAUUACGCCUUUGCUGAACGAGCAUAUCAGUUUGUUCAAGGGAAAGAUUUGGUCGAGAAUCUCAGGAAGGUACCAACAUGUAUGCGUAACUUGCAUUCGUGGUACCUUAAGGCCUCAAAGGAAGGGAUCCAGACUAUCAUGGUGCGAGUUAGGGAAGAGCACUACUUCCAGGAGUACUGUGUGAACGUUGACUUCGCCGAACUCUUUCAGUUAUACAAUCUCCGGGCCCUCGACAAAUCAAUCAUCAGUUGCUAUUGUCUGUAAGUGAUUUAUUUAUUUAAUUUGAGAAGUCGUUCAUUGUCUGCAGAUUAUAAUCUUUUGUGCGCUAUAUUAUGCAGAUCGAAGAUGCUCGAAUGCAAAAGGGACGAUAUCACAGACAUUGGGUUCAUUGACCCGAACACAAUGCAUGUCAAAACCAUAGACAAUCCCCUCUAUAACAAGGAUACACCGCAGACUUUGCUAAGGUUUUUGAAGCGACAACGUGACAAAAAGCUAAUACUUUGGCCUUACAACUUCGAGUUUCACUUUAUUCUUCUCGUCAUCAAUUUGGAAAUUGGAGAAGUUGAAGUCUUGGACUCACUAACCAAAGAAAAGGAUCUAUACGUGUCUUGUUUUUUAAUGCUCAGAAGCGUAUGGCAAACUUUCAUCAAGGAAGAUACGUCCCGUGAAUGGCCACCGAAGCUGCGAUGGCGUGCGAAAAAAUGCCCGCAACAACCUCCGGGGACCGAUCUCUGUGGAUUCUUCGUUUGCGAGUACAUCCGCAGAAUUGUCAACGAGAGAACGAAUAAUGAAAGAAAUAAAGAGUUGGCAAGAAAGCGGAACAAGCUCUCAAUCGAUGACCGCUUCAUAGCAAUAGGCGAGGAAUUGGCGGGAUUUUUCCUUCGGGACGUCAUACCACAACUCGCAGAGCACCACUAUGAAUGAAGAUGUACAUGUUACAUAUAUAGUUGACUCGAAGAGUACCACUAUGCUACAUGUAAUAGACAUAUAUAGAGUACGCCUCGGAGAGCACCACUAUGCAUGAAGAUCGAUCUUCAUGCAUAGUGCUACUUAAUUUGCGAUCUUAUGCAAUAACAUGUGUGUUAUAUUAUAUGCACCAACUUGCUAUGCAUC